UUCAUCUCGUCUUUCGCAUCAUUGACGAAUUUUGUCGGCGGGCUUUUUUAACGUGACCGAAAUGUACAUCUGAAACGAUUUUCACUUACAAAAAAAUAUUAUAAAACAUUCGCUACACACAGCACUGAUAAAUCAGAUUCCAAUCUACUCGCUGUUUUUAACUAAACGAUCCUCAAGCGCCUGGCCAGGCAUAAAGGCCACAAUGAAGCUCACAGACAAUGUGCUGCGGAGUUUUAGGGUUGCGAAGGUUUUCCGAGAGAAUUCGGACAAAAUCAACUGCUUUGACUUCAGUUCAAAUGGCGAAACUGUAAUAUCGAGUAGCGACGACGAUUCGAUUGUCUUGUACGACUGCCAGGAGGGAAAACCCAAACGGACGCUUUACAGUAAGAAGUAUGGUGUGGAUCUCAUCAGAUACACCCAUGCAGCCAACACUGUCGUCUACAGCUCCAACAAGAUUGAUGAUACUAUUCGAUACCUGUCCCUACAUGACAAUAAGUACAUUCGAUACUUUCCUGGACACAAUAAGAGGGUUGUUGCUCUGUCUAUGUCUCCUGUUGAUGACACAUUCAUUUCUGGCUCACUCGAUAAAACUAUUCGUCUGUGGGACCUUCGCUCACCUAACUGUCAGGGCCUCAUGCACCUGCAAGGGAAGCCUGUGUGUUCAUUUGAUCCGGAGGGGUUGAUUUUUGCUGCAGGAGUGAAUUCUGAGAUGGUCAAACUUUACGAUCUACGCUCCUUUGAUAAGGGUCCAUUCGCCACGUUUAAACUACAAUAUGAGCGAACAUGUGAGUGGACGGGUCUCAAGUUCAGCAACGACGGAAAGCUCAUUCUGGUCUCCACCAAUGGUGGAACACUCAGAGUGCUGGAUGCUUUCAAAGGAGCAGUGCUCCACUCAUUUGGGGGCUAUAACAACAGUAAAGGUGUCAUUCUGGAGGCCUCUUUCACGCCAGACUCUCAGUUCGUCAUGAUCGGAUCAGAAGAUGGAAAGAUCCAUGUGUGGAAUGCUGAGAGUGGAAUGAAAGUAGCACUUCUUGAUGGCAAGCACACUGGUCCAGUCACCUGUCUACAGUUUAACCCCAAAUUUAUGACCUUUGCCAGUGCCUGUUCUAACAUGCUGGUGCUGGGGGCAUACAGAGAGCUACGUCAGAGCUGGGACAAAGACUAUGACCACUUCCUGCUCCCUCUGCUGGACCCUCACGAGCCCUGUUACAUUCUAUACCGGUUGGACACCAAGAACGCUCAAGGCUAUGAGUGGCUCUUCAUCUCCUGGUCACCUGACCAGUCUCCUGUCCGGCAAAAGAUGCUGUACGCUGCCACUCGCGCCACAGUUAAGAAAGAGUUUGGUGGUGGACACGUCAAAGAUGAAAUGUUCGGCACAGUUGAGGAGGACGUUUGUCUUCAGGGGUACCUGAGACACGUGACUUCUUGUUCUGCACCAGCACCUCUGACAGCAGCUGAACAAGAGCUACAGCGAAUCAAAAUCACAGAGGGCAGAGUUAAACAGGCCGAGGCUAAACGUGCUCUACAGCAGCUCGCAGAGAGACGCAUCAACUACAUUCAACUAAAGCUAGAUACAGAGAAGGAGACAAUUGAACUUGUGCACACCAGCCCAACAGAACUCCGUGACCUACCCUGCCGGAUCCCCCUUGAUACACCCAGAUACCACUUCUUCCUCUACAAACAUUCACAUGAGGGAGACUACCUCGAGUCUGUGGUGUUCAUAUACUCCAUGCCAGGAUACAGCUGCAGCAUCAAGGAAAGGAUGCUGUAUUCCAGCUGUAAGAGUCGACUUUUGGAAGAAGUAGAGAGGGACUUCCAUCUAGAAGUGGCUAAAAAGUUGGAGAUAGAUAGUGGAGAGGAGCUGACAGAGGAGUAUCUGUAUGAUGAGGUCCAUCCUAAGCAGCAUGCCCACAAGCAAGCAUUCGCCAAACCUCGUGGCCCUGCUGGGAAGAGGGGAAACAAACGUCUAAUCAAGGGAGGUGGAGAGAACGGUGGCAACAGCUAGGAAGGACAGAAAGCAAGAAGAAGAGAGAAAUGAACUUUAGUUGUACCCUAAAUGUUCCCUUUUUAUGCCUGUUUGCAGGGUAAAUUGUUCAUCCUGCAGAGGGUGUGAAGGAAAAAUUGGAAUACUGUGCUCAGUUGUUGUUAAUUCAAAAAUUUCGUUUUGUUUUACUUUUUACUUAAUGUUAUUAGGUGUUUAUUCAUUUGGUGUGUUAAUGUGCAUAUAUUUAAGAGUAAAAACUCAGGAAUUAAUUUUAUCUGUACAUUUUCUGAGCAUAUUUUUGUUACAUAAUCUCAUACAUACAUACGCACUCAAAACUCAAUAUCAUUUUAAGCAUAUUAAAAGUGUUGAUUGUGAAACAUGAUAGAUCACUUAUACUUUAAAUGUGUUUUUAAAAAACAGAGAAUAAGUUUUAUCCAAGAAGCUUUUUUUAAAACUGAAGCAGUCACAGGUCCUACAGAACCUACAGCCAUUUCAUAGAAGAAGAUACACUCAUACAUAUACAUUCACACCAGAGCCAAAUGUGACACGCAGACAGAAUGUUAUACUUGGCUACGUGAGAGCUAGUCAGUUGGUUAAGUAACAGAUAUGUAGCAAGAAUCGGAUAUGGUAAAAGGUUCAGGUUGAGACAUGUGAUUCAGAUUAAUUUCAGGAUUCAUAUUUUUAAAAAUAUGACAUGAAAAAUGUUUAUGUUUUAUAGUUACAGUUGGGUUUCUCAAUUUUUUAAAAAAAACAUAUCUCUAGUAUCUUUCAUAUCUUCAGUCAUUUACUUACAUCAUGGUCCACAGUAUUCACUGUCAAACACAGUUUUGUGUACAAACUUCUGUUAUUAAUCACAACAAUUCCAAAUAAAACAUUUUUGUAUGUCAAUUAUCAACAUUUUUCCAGCAUUGAGUGAAUAAUUCAGCAACUAACAAGUGAAAUAUUUAA